AUGACAAACCAAACUGAAAGAUACAGCAAAAGUAUUAUGGAUCAUGCCCGUACGCAAGGCGCCCAUAUCAUUGGCGCCUUAAUCAAUCGACACCCUCGUCGUGUUGAUACACACCAUCAUAUCGUUCCCGAGUUUUACGCUCAAGCUGUAGAGGCAACUGGUGGAGAUCCAGCAGGCUGGCCGAUUCCAAAAUGGUCCCCACAGUUAGCCAAAGAUAAUAUGUCCCUUUUAGGUGUCGAAAUGGCGAUUACUUCCGUUACAGCACCUGGUACUAAGAUUUAUGAAGGAAAUAUUGAAAAAGGUAGAGAUUUCGCUAGAAAACUCAAUGAAUAUUCGGCCAAUUUGGUAAAGAACAAUCCUGAACAGUUUGGAUUCUUUGCUACACUUCCUUCGUUGACCGAUGUUGAUGGUGCUAUUGCCGAAAUUGAUUAUGUUCAUUCAGUUCUCAAACCUAAUGGAUUUAUAUUAUUUACUAGCUAUGGACACGGUAAAUAUCUUGGUCAUUCAUCUUUCCGACCUAUUUGGGCCAAAUUAAAUGAUCUUAAUGCCAUUGUUUUUAUUCAUCCAAGUGAAGCACCUACACCAAUUGUCAAUCGUCAUAUGCCACAUCCCAUCGUCGAUUAUCCUCAUGAGACUACUCGAACAGCUGCAGACAUUGUUCUCAGUGGUACACGUGCUGCAUUUCCCAAUGUCAGCAUUAUCUUAUCUCAUGCCGGUGGUACGCUUCCAUUUCUGGCUCAACGCAUAGCAGGUGCAGGAUUUAUUAAAUCUUUGGGCUGUUCACGAGGACCUCUACAAAUUUUGUCCGAUUUGCGCUCUUUCUAUUUUGACAUAGCUCUGGCAUCAAGCGUUAUUCAACUGAAGGCACUGUUAGAAUUUGCUGAUCAUUCCAAAAUCUUAUUUGGAAGCGAUGUUCCUUAUGCCACAUUUCCAGUGUCUUUUUAUAUGACGAAAUGCCUCGAUACCUUUUUUUACCAGAAUUAUAAUACUAAGAAGUAUAAAGAUUUGUGGCUUAAUAUCAAUCGAAACAAUGCUAAAACAUUAUUUCCUCAGAUGAUCAAAAAUUAAUUGAAUAAUGGAGACGAUUCAUUAUAUGUGACAAACAAAAAGUUUUUUUUAAAAUUUCACACAAGAGAAUGAACUUGACUACGUUUUAUUUCUGACGCAGAACAACUGAAUCUAUGACACGAAUAGAAAAUAGACUAGAUGAGAUAAAAUGAAACAUAGACACUUGUGAUUUAUGAAUUGGCAGAAGCGUUCGAGUCUCUGCCGUGGAUUAUGCGAGCCUUCGAACUCCGUCACAAUGCUUGUUUUUGAAAAGGAUAAAAGAUCAUUGUUUAAAAAAAUCCAUUAUUCUUCUUAACAAUACCUCCUCUAAUAGAUGGACUUCCUAUGAUCUCGAAUUUGACUUGAUAACUCCAAUACUCUAUUUUCAAUAAUUUCAUCUGUCCAUGUUCUUUUUGUCAUCAAGGAAAUUGUUGUGAAUUGAGUUUGCAAACAUUUAGUUGGGUGUGAAUGCCCGACGAUAGGAAAUACACCAACAUCAUUCUCACACUUACACCGACGCACAGAUCCCUGCUGACUCUCACACUUAUACAGAAAAUAUCAGAUAUAUUUGUUCAACAUAUGUCCUUUAUUCACAUACAUAUAGGUGUUCUUCUUCUUCAUUAUCGGUUUACCGGAAUUUUGCCAAUAUGUCUUUCGCCAAUACAUCCACUGAAGUUCGCCGAUUGACGAAAGUACAGUGGACAUUCGGCACUUGGCAAGAGUUCACCGCACUUUCACCAGUUUAUCUUGUAUAAUUUUGCCGACUUGAUUGUAACUUCCGUGUUUUUUGUGGAAGAUGAGGAAAGAAAAGAAUAACCUUUCUACAUCAAAUAUAUCAAACCCACCCUAAGAUCCAUCAUCAGAUCUAAAUUAAGUUUUUCUUAAUGGUUUUGUUGUACAUAUUAUUCUCGCUUUUUCUUAUUAAAAUCAUAAAUCGGUUAUAUUGGAAUGAAUCGUAAUUGAAGACAAAGAGAUAUACUCUAACAUCUUAGGUCUUCACAUGGUACCCAGAUUUAUACCCAUUCCUCAAGACUAGCAAAAGUCCAUUGUACUUUCGCCAUUGACGAAUGUCCAGUUGGCAAACGUCUUAUUGACGAAAUUUCGGGAAUCUCUCAUUAUCGAGGUUAUUCAAUUGUUCACACAUAGCAAGUCUAUGCUCGUCUGGUGGGUUUAUUCAUGUAACAAAGCUCGAAAUGUUUUGCUUUUUGACCACUUAUGUCGUGCAAUGCACAGAGACAAUAUAUAUAUAUAUAUAUAAACUAAUUUAAGAAUUAUUUAUCGAAAGCAAUAUAUCAAUAUCUGAGUGUAUAUCAUUAAUAAAUCUACCGUUAUUGGCUUUUCUCAUGAUUUAUGUUGGGUGGGAUUGGCAAUUCCUUGCUGAAUGCUCUGCAAGUAAGUCAUCUUUAAAACAAAAAACUUUAUUAGUGUUUUCUUAGAUUAGUAUGAAUAGUAGUUACGCGUGCCUUUCACUUUUAUAUAUUUUAUCCUUGGCAAUUAUUAAUAAUAUCAGUACACCGAUGAGUAAACUCUAACUUUAAGUAUUAAAUAAAACAAACACCAGGACAAGUAUUUCUGUUAACGAUCAAAUUCGUUAAAGAUUAAUGUGAUCUAUAAACCUCUAACUUUUUCACGUAGAAAUUGUAGGAUGUGAGUAACAAUAGAGAAGUAGUCUAUUCAAAAAUUUUAGUUACUUCAAUAUUUCAUUAGAAAAUGUUUAAAAAGCUUUAAUUGCUUUAUAUUUGAGGAAAAGAUGUGCAUUAGUUCAUAUAUCGAUUAGAGAUUUUUGAUAUCUAUUAAUUGAAAAAAAAUAGCAAGUUUCGAGAACGAUUACCAACUAAAUUAUCUAUCAUUUGCUUUGAUAUAUACAAAAUAUAAUCGUACAAUUUCUAACCUGAAAAACAUUAUUUGAUGCAAUCCAUAACUGAAUAGAAUAUUUAUAACACACAUUGAAAAUAACAUUGAGUUUUAAUUAAUUUAAUUAUUUAAGAUUUUCUCGAGAUUUGUUUCAAUAGAAAAACGCUUCGAUAGACAAAAAAAAGAUCGCUGAUGAAACGACACCGUUGGUUUUUUUUUCAUUAUAUUAACGUUCUUUGUUAUUUGCCUAUGAGUAACCUUACACAGAUUAAUUGUCUGAUUUAUCAUAGAUAUGAUUUUAGAAGGAAAAAGAAAAAAAGCGAUUUAUAGAAUAAUAAAUUACUAAAUCAUUUUAUCCAACUAAUCAAUGAUUGCUUUAAUCAUAAUUCGAAAGGCAAUGAAAUCUAAGGUUUAUUUUCUUUGGUAUGUGAGAAUCAAAACGAUGAUAAUAACAAACAUUAAAUAUGAACUAUAUUCAGAGUUGACUGAACUUACAAUUUAUUUACAUUAUGUUCGAUAUUUCUUUUCUGAGAACAACCAUACAGAGAUUCAGCUUAUUUAGAGUUCGCAGAAGUGGAAAAGAGAAUAACUAAUGAAUAACUUCAAUAUUUACGUCAACGUAAGUAAAUAUGUUAUAUUUUCAUUCUGUCAAUAUAAAAUUGAUUAAACUAGAUUACACAAUAACUAAAUUCCCCAGAUGGAUGGAUGUUGAAGAAAUAGUCAAAUAAUGGAAUAUUGAGGAUUUUGAUGGUAUUUUUACUAGUUUGUUAUAUUUCUACAAAACUUCAAAAUUUUUUUAUUUCUAUCUAAUUAGAUACAGCAUUUAUUACUUUGUCGAAUUUUAUAGUUUUUAUUUGAUUUAAUCCUUAUCUUAACCGAGAGUCUAGUGAAGUUCUAGAAGUGUCCUAAAAAGAAAAAUUUAUUUCACAGUGAUAUUUAUUUAAAUAGGUAUAAUUAGAAUAUUUACUCUUAAACAAAAUCUGAUUGUCGCAAGAGUGAUCUGGGUGUGGGUGGGAUGUGGGUAUGGUUAUGCGUGUGGAUAUGGGUAUGGGUGCGGGUGUGGGUAUGGGUAUGGGUAUGGGUAUGGGUACGGGUGUGGAUGUGGGUGUGAGUACCGCUGACCAGAACUUUCACACCCACAUCCACAUCCACACUAGAGUCCUGUGCGGGUUCAACUUUUUGGACCCGCACCCGACCCGAAACUUUUAUUUAAACCCGAAACCGACCCGAGAAAUUUCAUCCGUUUAUAUUCAUCAAAUCAAUCAAUCAUUUUAUUAUAGUAUUUAAUAUAUACAAAAAAAAUACCAGAAAAUAUAAGUUCAUAGUAACAACUAGAGGGCAGAAGUGUAUAUUAUAAUAUAAUGUAACCCGAUAUAUUUCAAAAUUAAACCCGCAUCCUACCCGACCCGACCCGCCAAUAUUGAACUCGCACCCGUCCGCGGGUCCGGUCGUGUUGCAGGACUCUAAUCCACACCCACAUUCAUACCCACACCCUUUCC